AUGGCCGCCGCCGGCCGCGGCGAACCCGCGGCGAAGGGCGGCGCGCGUGCGCCCAGGAGCGCCGUCGGGGUCGGCGCCGCCACGCAGCAGGCGCCUGGGCGCAGCCCUCUGCCGCAGCGGGAGACAUCAUCGAGGCGCGCGGGGUGGGGGCCCCCCUCGGCCGCGCCAGCAGCGCCCCUUCGCUGCCCCGGGCGCAGGAGCCGUCGCACCCCCAGCCCUUCUCGCCGGCCUCGACGCUCUCCUGGAGCAGCGACAGGGAGCACUGGAACGAUGGGCGGGGGAAGUACAAUGGGUGCGGCGGCCGCUGGUCAUCGCCGCGCUCGACGUCAUCCUCUUUUUGCAGGGAGGGCAGGGAGGUGUUCGACGAAGGGAAGACGCCAGAAGCACAAGCCUUCCAGGGUCCGCGCGGAUUCCUUGGAUCUGCGCUGGCCCCCCUUUCACGGCGCGCGGAAGGUGUGGGAUGACGGGCGGGGGAAGUACGGACGUGGCUGCCGCCAUCCAGCGGUGAGCAGCCUGCUCGCGGACUCCCAGGUGCUGACGGCGAAGCUGCUGAGCCCCCUGAUCGAGCAGGAGCUGCGGCGCUUCGAGCUGCCCCGUGGACUCGGCGCGCAGGGCCGCGGCUUGGAGGGCACGCUGGACCCGAAGCUGCUCGAGCGCCUGGCCAGCUCGGAGCCUGUGGUGCCAGAGUGGACGCAGUCGGACCUCCGCACGUCGACGCCCGGCUACCUCGGCUGCAGGCCCGCCGGCCGCCACAGGUCCAGCCACAGCGGGCGCGGGGCGCCGCGCUGGGCCGAGGAGGGGCACGGCGUGCUGCGGGCCCGGGCCCGGGCGAUGGCGUCGCCCCAGCGGGCGCCUCGCGCGGAGCUGGGCGACGCCGAGGCGGGCGACGCCGAGGCGGGCGCGGAGGCUGGCGCGCCGUCGGCGCAGGCGGCCGCGGCCCCAGCGGCGGCGGCCGGCGCUGGCGUGGAGGUCGCCGGCUUCGAGGGCUCGCUGCUGGAGGCGAUCGCCGACGGUGCCGUGGCGCGCCCGCCGCUGCUGGCCUUCGGCGCCUGGGUGCAGUGGCGCGCCGGCCCAGGUCGCCGGCUUCGCACUGCGCCCGCGAUCGCGGCCAGCGAAAGCGCGCUGUGGCGGAGCACCAUGGAGGCGCUGCACGGCCAGGACUGGCAGGCGCGGCUGCGCCAGCAGGGCCCCGCCGCGGCGCGCAGCCCCGCGACGCCAGCGGCUGCGCAGCCGCCGGCGGCGGACGACGUCCUGCGGCUGCUGGACUCGCCCGCGCGCGCGUCCGACGCGGGCUCCGACGCCACUGGAGCGCUGUCGGACGGCAACUGGGGGCCGCUCACGGACGACGAGGUCCUGGAGCGGCUGCUCAAGGACGUGGAGCCGCACGAGUCGAUGCGCGACUUCGAGCGGCGCCUGCUGCGCGCGCGCGCCGUGCUGACGCUGCGGCGGCAGGCGGUGCCGGAGGGCGCGGUGGAGUUCGGCAUGAGGAAGGCCCGCUUCCUGGUGGAGGCGCGGGCCCACGGCGAGGGCGUGGCGGCCGCGCUGGAGGCGAAGCUGCACGCGGUGCUGGACGUCGAGACGGACGACGCCGACGAGGACGUGCGGGCGCUGAUGGACCUCCUCGCGGUGGCGCGCGGCGGCGGCAGUGCUCGCGACGCGGUGGCCGGCGGGGCGCCGGCGCGGCCCCCGCAGGACCGAGCCCCGCCCGCCGGGCCCGCCGGCGUCGGCGCGGCUCCCGCGGCGCCCGCCUUCCCCGCGUUCGGCGAGGACCUGCCGCCGGGGCUUCCCCCGAGGGGCGGGCCGACGGAGGCGGGCCCGGCGGAGCCCAGCCUGGCGGCAGCGCUGCAGGGCCUCGCGGGAGCGCUCGGCCGGCGGGCCGACAAGAAGUCGUCCACGAUCCAGGUGAAGCCGCACUACAGUCUGCCGACUCUCGGCGACGGCGGCUUCGACGUGGACUCGUUCGUGGAGGAGUUCGAGGAGAUGGUCGGCCUGGCGAACGACGGUGCGGGCAUGUCGGCGACGGAGAUGGUGCGUGUGCUGGGGACCUGCCUGAAAGGCUCGCGUCAGCGGGCGUACAAGGUCGAGCUGAAGCAGGCGCGCCGGUCAGGCAGGCUGGCGGCGGACCCGGACGAGGUGUACCAGAGCCUGAAGGAGCGGCUGAUGGAGUUCAAGGAGGGCUUGCUGGAGAAGCAGCAGCGGCUCAACGCUGAGUGGAGGACGCUCUCCCGCGGCAAGAUGAGCGCGCUGGAGUUUCAGGCGACGUUCGAGAACAUCGUGGCGGAGAUGGAGCUGGCUGGGAUGGGCAAGUCCGAUCGCGACCUGCUGCUCGGCUACCUGGCGCUCAUCCCCCCCGCGCACCGUGCCGAGGUGCUCAAGGAUCGCCGAGUGUAUCAGCGCUCUGGCGCUCAGCCCGAGGUCCGCGGCGUCGAGACCUGGAGGGGGGCCCAUCGCGUGCUGCUGAAGCUGGAGGAGGCCGAGAGCUCGGCCAAGGCGCUCGUCGCGGCGGUGGGCUCGGACUUUGCGCCUAGCCCGGGCGGCGGCGGUGGCCGGCGUCGGCGCGGAGGCGGCGGCGGCGAUCAGGAGCCGCCCGAGGUCGGCGCUGUUGGCGGCUCCGGCGGCGCCAGCGCUGAGGGUGCUGUGAAGGUCUGCUUCCAGAUGAGGGACAGCGGCACGCGUGCGCGUGGUGACGCCUGCAGGUUCUCGCACGACCGGGCUGCCAUCGCCGAGUCGCGUAGGGCCAAGAAGGACGCGACCGGGCCGAAGGGCAAGGGCGCGGACGGCAAGAAGGGCAAGGGCUCGGAUGACGGCGGCAAGGGCGGCCUCAAGUCGCAGCUCUGCCUUCAGUUCCUCCGGGGUGCGUGCAGCAAGAGCGAGAAGGACUGCAAGUUCAGCCACUCGGGUAAGGCAGCUCAGAAGGUCAUUGCAGCGGUCUAUGCUGGCGCGGCCGCAGCUAAGGCGCCGCCGCCGAGCCUCGGCAGCGCGGGCCCCCCCGGCAGCGGCCAGGGAGCAGCGCCUGCGGCCGAGGAGGCGGCGCGGCCCGCAGCCUCUGGCGCGGCGCCGAAGGUGCAAGCUGCGGCGGGUGGCAAGCUCGAAUGGGUGCGACCCUGUGGCGGCGUCUUCGGCCCGAGCUACGACCUCCCGCAGGUGAGCGUCGUCAGGGGUUCGCCUUCGCCCGAAGGAGCUCUGAAGGACCUGGGCCAGAUCCCCGCCAGCGCCUGGGCGCAGGUGCAGGAGCCCGACGACGGGUACCACUACUUGUGCCACACGCACGUCUACGGCCUCAGCAUCAGGACGCUCCUUGAUGGCGGGGCUGUGUUCUCCUUGACGUGGGAGGCGACGAUCGUUAGCAUCAUCAACAGCGCGAUCGCGGAGGGCAAGUCUCCUGAGGACCCCGACUGGCCGAUCGCGGGCCUGAUGCACUGGGGCCGGGAUUCGAAGGCCUCGUCGGUGGCGGACAAGGGCGACCUGAGGAUUCGUGGCAUGGUGGACCUGCGCCUGGCCUUCGAGGGGCUGGAUGGUACGCGAGUGGUGCGUGUGUUUCGCCUUCGGCUUCUGCGAGGGGGUUGGGACAGGCCGUUUCUCAUCAUUCUUGGGGCCCCAGCGCUCGAUGCACCCCCCCUGGGGAUCGGGCACCGGCCUACGCUACAGGGCCACUACCUGCCGGGGCUGGGCAUCACGGUCAAGCGCGCGGAGGCCGACGCGGUGCAAGCGAAGCUGUUGACCAUCUCGGCGGUGUUCUCAGAGUGCGAUGCCGAUAGGCGUCGAGGUGAGGAUCGUCGGGCUGCCAGUGCUGUAGGAUCCCUGGUGUGGUCCGGCGCGGCCUGCCCGAGCUACCCCAUCUGCGUGGUCGGCGGCCAGUGCCCCGCGGAGUUCGGCGGCGGCGACACAGGCGUGAUCGUGCUCGACGACUCGGAGUCCGCCGUCCCCAUCUACCUGAGCGGCGAGGAGGGCGUGCGGCUGGAGCUCGGCGACUGCGCUCUGGUGCCAGCUCGCGCUAGCGGCUUCGCAGCGGGUAUCGUCGGCGACGUGGUGGCGAAUGGCGCGGCGGCCGUCUGGGCCGCCCCCGGCCCUUGGCUCGGCCGGGAGCAGCUCGUCCUGGUCGGCAAUUGGGACCAGCCCGGCGUCAGCAUCGAGGUCGGCGACAUCGUGGGCGCCGUGAUUCAGACCGACGGCGAGCCGGCCGGCGACGGCCCGUCGGUGGCGCACGUGUGGCAGGAUUGGGACGAGCUUCGGGACAUCGUUGAGCUGGAGGUGCCGACGGACGAGUACUACGCCGAGCGUCUGGUCUACUGGCAGCGGAAGUACCCGAAGGCGGCCACCACCCUCCUCGAGCAUCUCUUGGCGGUCGAAGGCCUGCUGGACGUGUGCAUCGCGGCCGGGUGCUCCAUGGGUGCCGAGAAGUCCCUCGACAGGCUGGCUCAGCCCUCCAUCGAGGCGCUCGGCGAGAUCGUGGGCCGCGAAGGCAGCGAGGCGUGCGAGCGGCAUCUGGAGCUUAUCAAGAACUGGUCGGUGCUCGAGGACGUGGCUGCGCUGCGGCGGUUCCUUGGCACGUUCAACUGGAUCCGCGGCCACUUCCCCAAGGAGGUGCAGAAGCCGCUGGGGAUCCUCACGCAGCAGCUCAAGAAGGACGCCGAGUGGCCGAUGACCCCCGAGAAGGUUGCGGCCCAGCGCGCCAUCCAGCAGCUCGCGUGCGAGGCCAUCCGCCUCGCGGUGAUCGACAUGGUCGGGGCGAUCUCUAAGGACCGCCCGCUCGAGCAGGUCGCGGACUUUUGCCCCUACGGUUGGGGUGGCAGCGUAUAUCAGCUGGCCGCCGACCGCCGCACGCUCAACGUGCUGGCGAUGUACGGCGGCUGCCUCAGCUUGGCGCAGAGCAACUGGCACCCCCGCCGGGGUGAGCUGUAUGCGCAGCGUGAGACCAGGCGGGAGGCACGUAAGGACUUCGGUCGGCUGCCCGCCCUGUGCUGGACGGACCACGCGGCUUCGGUGAAGGACGCUACGGGUGAGGCCGAGUCGGACUCCACCGUCAUCCGCUGGGUUGGCGAGAUCGAGAGCGACGGCAGCAGGCUGAUGAAUCUCUCGGGGCGGAGCGCGGCCCUUGGUGAUGGCCCCUCCCGAGAGAACGAGGCCCACGGCAAGUUCCUGCGCGAGCAGGCUCACUCCCUGGCGAACAUCACGAUCGAGGACAUCAUCGGCGAUGACUACCGCCCAGGGGAGGGGGUUCCGUGGGGCCUGGACGAGACCCCCGACGCGGCCGCCUUGCAGCUGGUGGCCGUGGCCGGGGCGGAGCGCGAGAAGGGUGACUCCAUCGCGCUGUACCUGCCGGACUACGGAUGCGAGAGGCGGCGGGGCGCAGAGCAGGCGCGGGCAGCUCGACAGCUGCAGCUGGCGGCGCCAGGCCUGCGGCUUCGCAUGAUCCCGCACGAUCCCCCGCUGGCGGACGGUGCCGGCGGCCUGUACUACAUCGCGCCUCCUCGCUUCCCAGGUGAUGCGAGUAGCAAGGCGCGGAAGCAGCUUCGCAAUGACGUGCUGACCGCGGUGGCCGCCGUCUUGCGAGAGAGUGCCGCGCGGUGGCCCAAGGUCGUGAUCGGGGCGGGCCACGGCGGGCUGGCGGCGGCUGCAGCGGCCCACCCCAGAGUGGUGGAGGCCGCUCUCGCGCUGCGGUACGCGAGAGAGGCGGAGGGCAUGCAGGUCGCGGAGGCGUGGGUGAACGUCAGGGCGUUCGUGGCGAUCGGGCCGCGCGCCCACAGCCCGAGCAGGAUCGGCUUCGUGCGAGAGGCGUUUCCUGAGUUCGGAGCGGCUGCCCACGGCGACGAGCGCCCGGCCCCCCUCUAUUUGGUGGAGGGUGCCGGAGCGCACCGCCGUUUUGGGCAGGACCUCGGCGAGGCGCUGGGCGUGAAGGUGUCGGCCACGCUGGGCGAGGUCCUCAUGCAGGAGGUGGUCUCUGCCCCCCCGCGGCUGCUGGAGUUCAGCGGCGGCCGCUGUGCGUGCGGGCGGAGUUCGCUGGUGCUGGCGCGGUGCGGCCAGUGCAUCAGAGCCGACCGGGAGCUCGAGGAGGAGGCGCGGCUGGCUGAGGUGCCGGAGGACGCGUUCGGGGAGCCCGACGCGGUCGACGUGGCGGCCUCGGCGGCGCGCGUGCGCGCGGUCCGCCCGCAGCCGGCAGUUGCUGUCGGGCCUGGCCCCUGCAUCGCCGUGUCGGCGGAGCUCGUGCGGGACCUCCUGGAGUUCGGUGGGGGCCGAGCGGAUUUCACGUGCAACUGCAUCCGGGUCCGCCGGGCGCCGGCUGCAGGCGUCGUGGCCUUGGAGGCCGCUCGGGAUUAUUCCUAUCGGCUGUCGUGCUUCGUCGUGCCGCAGGGGCCCGAGCCGGGCGUGGAGGUGGCGCUGGCGCAGCCGUGCGUGGAGUUCGGGCUGGAGCUCGUCACGGAGGUCGACGUGGAGCUGCUGCAGGCGGGCUUGCCGAAGGACGCCGAGCUGGUCCAGCUAUUCGCCUGCGCCUGGCUGCUGUGGGAGGGCGGCGCGCGCCUCCCCGCGCUGGGCGCCACUCACGUGCAUCGGCACUGCAGGGGGUCGGCCGUCAGCAACGGUGCGACCAUCAAGGUGUCCUCCUACUCCUCCGCCUGCUCCGAGAUCUUCGCGGGCGCUCUGGGGCUAUCAUGGUACCGGGCCCUCCGCGAUCGCUUCGGCGGGCGGGCUUCGGGGGCCUUCGUCGAGUUCGCGGACUCCGACUUCGCGCGCGGAGAGCGGGAGGCCUUCGAGGUGCCGGACGUCCUCGGAGCGAUCACCAGCAUGCGGGCGCCGGCGUCUGAGCAGGCAUGCUCCGUCGGGCGCGUGGCAUGCGCCCCGGAGCGCGGCACUGCAGCCUUCGACGCGGAGGUGGCGGACGGGCGCAAGCUGGAGGACGCCGACAUCGCCAUCAGGGAGGAGUACGCCGCGAAGGUGCGGGGCUGUGAGCCUGAGGCGGGGAGCGAGCCGUUCGAGCUGUCCAAGUCGCUUCGUGCCCACAUCAUCGGGGACCAGUGGAAGGACGAGGAGCUCGGGGCCAUCUGCAUGCAGCUCCGCGCCGAGUCUGGCGCCGGCGACACCCCCGAGGCGCAGCGUCUCGGGGAAGACUUCGCGCUUGAGCAGUUCGUGACGGUGGGCCCAGGGGAGCAGCGCUGGCUGCUAGUCCUCCCUGCGUCUGGCGGACCGGGCUCGGGUAUAUCGUGGAGGCGCUUCAUCUUCCUCCACGUUCACGCUGGUCCGUCGGGGGGCCACAAGACGGUGGUCGCCACUCGUGAGUGCGCCCGGCGGCUGGUGGUUUGGCCGGGGCACGCGGCGGACAUCGAGAAGUGGUGCGCUAGCUGCUGGGCCUGCCUCCGAUUCAGGAAGCAGACUACGAAGGUGCAGGCCAGCUUCAUCGUGGCACGGCACCGGCUUCCAUUUCAUCAUGUGGUCAUCGACGUGGAGGGCCGCAUUACUCCCCCCGACGUCGACGGGUACGCGUACGUGCUGACCUACAUCUGCGUGACGACGGGGGCCCCCCUGCUCGAGCCGCUCAAGCACCUGCAGCACUCCGAGGUUCGGCGCGCCUUCUUUCGAUGCGCGACUCGGGCCAAGACCUGGCCGAUGCUGGUGAGUUCGGAUCGUGGCAAGGAGUUCUGCAACGCUCUCAUGGAAGAGCUCUGGGCGCUCCUCAACUUCGCAGGCCGCUUCGGCACGUCGUGGAGGCCCUGCGAGCAGGCGGACGCGGAGCGGUCCCACAUCGAGUGCGCGAGGGAGAUCGGCAUCUUCCUGCACGACGUUUUUAAGUGCGCCCCCGGCCAGUGGGCCGAGCUGCUGCCGAUCGUCGAGUUCGCGUUGUGGAACUCGCCCGGCAAGUCGGCGCUGUCGCCGAGGGACCUGUGCAUGGGUUGGUCGUUGGCUUCGCCGCUGGAGAGGGAGCUGCUGCCGCUGGAGCCCGCCGUUCGUGAGGCAGUCUCCGACGUCGCGGCAGCACAGUCCGAGCAGUUCAGGCGUUUGCGGGAGGUUUACCUUCAGCAUCGGGCUCGAGCCGGCCGGCGCAGAGCGGAGCUGGCUAAUCGCACGAGAUCGUCGAGGCGCCCGGAGGUCGGGGACAUGGUAUUGUUCAAGGACCCGAAGCUCUCCAAGGCCGUGGCCGGGCACGCUCCGGGCCGCCGCCCUCUGCGCGGCCCCUUCGAGGUCCUCUCCACGAAGGGCAACGUCGCCACGUUGCGGGGCCCCGAGACCCAGCAGGUGCUCAAGGACAUCCACGGCGAUUUCUUGGUCGGCGUCCCGGGCUUGGUUGACGACACGGAGCGCAUCGUGAAGUUGGAGGAGGACGACGGCCGUGGCAGGGCCUCUGCCGGACAGCUUCUGGCAGCGCGGCUGGCCCCUGGAGGCGGCGAGGCCGCCGAGGCGCUGGCGCCGCGCGUGAAGGCGCGGAUGCGAGAGGUGAAGGUCGGGCGGCUCGUCGCCUACCAGGGCGAGGAGGCGAAGCGCUGCCGGGUGGGCAAGGUGCUGAGCCUGGCCGAGGACCUGAGCAGCGUGACGGUGCACGUGUACCAGGCGGCGGUCGACGGACGGCUGCAGGUGGUCUGGACAGCGGCGUACGACCGCCAGGAGGGCGCGGACUUCCAGCGGCAGAGAGUCGAGACGCUGGAGGCGAAGCGGGUGCUGGGUGUCGUGGAGCUCAACAAGGGCGUGCUGAACCACUCGGCGGCGAGCAGACUGGCGCGGGCCGGCUGGCGGCUGGACGAGGGGACCGUGCGGCACGGUGCCUUGGCGGCGGCGGCAGUGGCGCCGGCCGCGCCACGGCUCUCCGACCUCCCUUCGAGCCGCGUCAUCGCGCUCGUCGCAGCUUGCCGUCCGCUCGAGGAGCUCGACCUGAAGAUCGGCGAGGUCCAGGCGUGGGCGCACGGCGUCCCCCUCUUCGUGGAGAUCUUCGAUGGGGUCGGGAGGCUCUCGCAGGCGGCCCAGAGCUUAGGCGCAGCCAACGCGGUGUGCAGCGUGAUGGCCGGCAUCGACCUCAAGCGCAGGACGUACGGGCAGUACUGGGACCUCAGCAGGGCCAAGGACCGCGCCCGGCUUCGCUACCUGCUCUUCGAGGUGCUGAGGCCGGCAGGAGCCCACUGGGCGCUCCCCUGUGCUAAGUGGAGCAGCCUCGGUGGCCACCAGCCCGACGCCAACGCGCACGCGCUAGCUUCCUUCACCAUGGACGGCCUCGAGCACCUCGACGGCGCGGGCUGCCUGGCCUCCUUCGAAGGCCCUCGAGCGCACGCGCUGGUGGCGAGCGUGGAGUGGCAGCAACGGUUCGGGUCAGCCGAGGCGCCGCGCGGGCGCUGGCGAUACGUGCUCCCCGACGGCUGCAUGUUCCACUGCAGGAGCCCAGACGAGGAGCCCCUGGCCAUGCAGAAGCCGUACGUCAUCGUGGGCAACUUCCCGCUGGACUUGCUGGACGUCCAGUGCCGCCGUGGAGCGCUGCGGCCGCUAGGGCGCGGCCUCGAAGGCGUCGAGGUCGCCUCCGCGGAGUUGGGCGGCGACGCCGGGAGCUCCAUGAUCGGAGCCGCGCGGGCGCUGGAGGGGCCUCGCAUGCCCUGCGAGCCGGGACGCGCGGCCGCUCCGGCGGCUGGAGUGACGAGGUCGGUGGACAAGCUGAGCGACGCCGAGAUGGCGGAAAGGAAGGCACGGCGGGAGCCGGCGGCGGCGGCGGCGAAGAAGAAGUGGGCCGAGCUGGCCAAAAAGGGUGACUGGGAUCAGGUGCGGAUGCCCGGCAAGUGCUUCAGGUUUGCCGAGGUGAAGGUUUCGCCGAGGCGCUCUGCGGAGUACAAGGCCAAGGUUCUGGAGGCGGUCGGGCUCGUCGGCGAGUGCGCGGGCUACAAGCACCUGGGCAGCCAGGAGCUGGAGGCGCUGAAGGAGAUGAUCAGCCUGAAGGCCGAGGCGUUCUGGGUGAAGGGUACCGCGGGGACGGUCAUGCGCGGCUUCAAGCACGACGUGGUGACGACCGGCUUGCCUGUGCGUGGGCCGCCGAUCCGCUUGAAGGGCCCGGAGGCUUCCAUCGUCCGCGAGGAGCUCGAGGCGGGCGUGGAGCAGGGGCUGUACUCCAGGGGGACUUCGCCCUGGGGCAGCUGGGCCUUUCCGACCAAGGAGCAUGCGAGCGGCCGAAGGCGUCGGACCGUCGUGGACUACCGGAUGGUCAACCGCAGGAUGGUGAUGUUCGUGUACUACAUCCGCCGGUGCCGAGACGUCAAGGGCGAGCUGGUGGGCUGCGCCUUCAUCUCUGGCAUGGACGGCGCUCGCGGCUUCAACCUCCUGGUCAACACUGAGCACGCGAAGGAGGUCCUGGCUGUGCUGGCGGACUGCGGCUGCUACCUCCCAGAGGUGCUGCAGCUGGGGCCAGCGACGGGGCCCUUCGACUUCCAGUUCUGCACCGACGAGCUGUUCACUGGGACCGGCCGCGGACGCUACGGAUCGGUCUGGAAGAAUUACAUCGACGACUUCUGGGUCAGGACGGGGCAGUGGCUGAACGGUCGCGCCUACACCGACCGAGAGUACGAGGAGAUGCUGGCGGCGGCAUCCCCCCCCCCGGCUGCCUCUCGCCCGCUGGGCGACUCGCUGGCAGCAGCCGGGUUCGCGGGGACCCGCAAGGCCAGCCAGAGCUACGACCACGCCAAGGGCGUGCUCGUGGGGCUGUGCGUGGCGCAGUCGGCCACGGGAGCGGCGGCUAUGGAGGGCGGCGGCGUUGCCUUGGCGAACGGCCUCCGCAUGCUGGUGGUGGCUGCCGCGGUGCGCACGGCGUCCUUGGUGGAUGAAGGGCUGCGCGCGGGCGUGCAGCUGACGCAGGACAUCUUCGAGGCGGCCGGCGACCUGGUCCAGAGCGUCUCCUGGAACCUCAGCGGGCUCAUCCACGAGGUGUGCGAGGGGGCGGUCCUGGUGGUGCGCGUCCUGGUCGUCGUGCAGUGCUGCUACGCUCUCUACUGCCUGCGCUCGUGGGUGGCUUGCCGUUCGCAGCGGGCGGCGCUGGAGCGCGCUGCCACCGCCGGCGAGGCGGCUCAGCGCGGACUCACGUCCAGCGCGCGAGCCUGCGAGGCCGGCGACGGGCCCGCCUUCGGCCGCGAACCGAUGGCCAGGGCGGAGUUCGAGACGCCCCUGCUCGGAGCGGCGGCACGCCCCCGAGCGGAGGUCCUCCAGAUCCAGCGGGGCGCAGCUGUGGCGCUGCGGGACCUGGAGCACUCGGACCGCCAGCGCGCCGCGCGCGCGCGCGACCUGGCCGCUUGCGGCGCGGUGGUGUCCGCAAAGCUGGUGGAGGCUGCGCGCAGCUCAGCGGUGAAGGACGCGGGCGACCUGUGCGAGUUCGAGGUUGAGGUGGCCGGCAGCCGCGGCGUGCGGUAUGAUGUGCGGCUUCGCGCUGGACGCUUGGCUGCAGCGUUGCUCCCCGCAUCGUGCACUUGCGCGGACUUCGUCGGCGGCGUUGGCAGCCCCUGUAAGCACAUCGGGGCGGCCUGGUGCUGCGCGGUGGACGGCAACUUCAGCGAGCUGGUGGAGUUGGCGCUCGCGGCUGGCCGCAAGGAAGGAGCUGCCGCUGGACCUCAGCGACGCGCAGCCCUGGCGCCGAGCGACUCCCUUGGCCUCGCGGGGGCCGUGCGGGAGCUCCGCGACUCGGAGGCCGAGGUCGUUCGCCUGCGCGAGGAGGUCCAGCAGCUGAAGGCGCAGCUGGGGGCGACCUCCAGGCGCGGAGCCGUGACCGAGUUCCUCUCGGCGUCGGAGACGCUGGCGGCUUGGGCGCGGGCUUGCGGUGAGGCCGAGAGCUAUGUGUACGUGGCGUGCUUCACCUUCGACCAGCCGGGCGUGGUGAAUUACCUGGAGGCGGCUCGAGCUCGAGGCCUCGCAGUCCGUUUGGUGUUCAGCGGCCGUGACAAGGCCUUGACCAACAACCAGGGACCGCGCCUGCAGCGGCUCCGAGCCUGUGGGUGCGAGGUGCGCGCUCACAAGGGCUCGCGGCUGCACGCCAAGGUGAUGAUGACAGAGCGCGAGAUUGUGCUGGGCAGCUGCAACUUCACGACUGCCAGCUUGAGCAACGUGGAGCGCGGGGCUUCGUUGCAGGAGCUGUCCGAGGAGACGGUGCUCGAGCAGAAGGAGUGGUUCGAGCAGCUGUUCGAGGCGGCGGCGCCCUUCAAGGACGGGAUCGGCGAGGCGCUGGAGGCCGGCUGGGCGAGAGGCCUAGCGGCCGUGGCGCCGAGGCGCGAGGCGCUGGAGGCCGGCUGGGCGAGAGGCCUAGCGGCCGUGGCGCCGAGGUGCGAGGCGCGGGAGGCCGGCUGGGCGAGAGGCCUAGCGGCUGUGGCGCCGAGGCGUGAGGCGCUGGAGGCCAGCCGGGCCAGAGGGCGAGGCGGCGCUGGUGGCCAGCUGGGCGAGAGGCCCAGCGGCCGUGGCGCCGAGAUGGCAGGAGCGCGGCAUUUUGCUGCGCCGUCGACGCCCGGCAGCGCCGGGAGCUAUGAGCGACUGCAUGGCGCCGAGUUCGGCGACUUCGAGGAAUUCAUCGACUUCAAUUUUGUGGAGCGGCACGUCGCGGAGGACGUGCCGGGGCGCCUGUGCCGCGGA